GUGAAAACUUUCUAGACUUGCCUCCUGCGUAUGUAAAAGACUCGAUGCCAGUCUCAUUAUGUGAUACCCCAGAGCAAGAAGAUUUAAAUAAAUGGUAUCAUCUAAAGGACAUUACAAUCCCAACAUUCACUGGCCAUUGAAUUCCAAAGGUAACCAUGAUGAUUGGAAUUAAUGUUCCAGCUGCUACUACGCCCCUUGAAAUCAUAACAGGAAACAUUGGUGAACCUUACGCAAUUAAGUCACCUAUAGGAUGGUUGUGUUAUGGAUUACCUGGAAAAUUAAAUAAACCUUCUAAAGUAGGUGUUAAUUUCUGUGCAGUAGAUAAUAAUUUAGAAGACCAAGUUCGUAGAUAUUUCAAUUUAGAAUUUGGAGAAAGACUUAGUGAUGAAAAACAGCACUUGUCAUUAGAAGACAAGAGAUUUCUUAGAAUAAUGAACGAUUCAAUAACUCUAAAAGAUGAACGAUUCAAUAACUCUAAAAGAUAACUAUUAUGAAACAGAAUUGCCUUUCAGAGAUCGAACAGUGAAUAUGCCAAAUAAUAAAUUGCAGGCCGAAUUGUUUGCAUAUAAGCUAAGAAAACGUUUGCUUAGUAAUCCUGUGCUGAAUAAUAAUUAUUCAGGUUUUAUGAACUAUUUAGUUGAGAAAAACUAUGCUGAAAAAAUCCAAGAUCAUGAAAUUGGUAGGAAUGAUGGACGUGUUUGGUUUAUUCCCCAUCACAGCGUUAUUCAUCCGAAAAAACCUGAAUAAAUUAGGAUUGUUUUCAAUUGUCCUCUUGAGUUUAAUAACCAUUCAUUAAAUGAACAAUUAUUACCAGGUCCUGAUCUGACUAAUAGACUUCUAGGUGUUUUGUUAAGGUGGAGACAGCAUCAGAUAUGUUUCAUGGCAAACAUCCAAGAGAUGUUUUAUCAGUGUCGAGUUGUAAAAUAUGAUUGCGAUAUGAUGAGAUUUUUGUGGUGGCCAGAAGGACAACUAGACAAACCACUGUGUGAAUACAGAAUGUUAGUACAUUUAUUUGGUGCUAGUAGUUUACCUAGUUGCUCAAACUUUGCCUUAAAACAAGUAGCCUGUGAUAAUAAGAACAAGUGUAGCCCAGAAGUUAUAAAUGCAAUUAAUAAUAACUUUUACGUAGACGAUUUUCUAAAAUCUAUGCCUAAUGAAAAUGAUGCUAUUAAGUUAGUCAAAGAAAUAUGUGUAAUUCUUAAAUUAGGUGGUUUUAAUCUCACCAAAUGGUUAAGUAAUAGCAGACAAUUACUUAGUACUAUUCCAGAGAAAGAUAGAGUAGAGGAAGUGAAAAAAUUAGACUUUGAAACAGAUAAUUUACCAAUUAAAAGGGCACCCAGUGUUCAGUGGUCUGUAGUUAAAGACCGUUUGGAAUUUGAUAUAAACAUUGUUAAUCCUAAGGCUACCCGUCGCAAUAUACUCUCUGCGAUGAGUUCCGUGUAUGACCCUUGUGGUUUUGUUGCUCCAUACGUGUUAAAAGCAAAAAUGAUUUUGCAAGAACUAUGUCGUGCCAAAUUGUCGUGGGAUGAGACUAUUCCCGAGACACAUAAACUUGAGUGGGAAAAAUGGUUAAUAGAUUUACCUAAUUUAUCCAAGGUCAAAGUAAACCGUUGUUUGGUGCCAAAUAAUUUUGGUAAGGUCGUGAAUACCGAUCUCCAUCAUUUUGGGGACGCGUGCCAAACAGGGUAUGGAACAGUUACAUAUGUAGGCCUACGAUUUGUGAACAGUGAAGGUGACAUUCAUGUGGCAUUUGUUCUUGGAAGGUCAAGAGUUGCCCCUAUUAGACCACAUACUAUAGUAAAGUUAGAACUUUCAGCUGCAACAUGUUUAGUUAGAAUAAACACUAUGUUACUAAGAGAACUUUCAAUUCCAGUGAAUUCCAUUUAUUUUUGGACAGAUAGCCAAACAAUCAUUAAGUAUAUUAGAAAUGACAAAAUGAGACAUCAGAUUUUUGUGUCGAACAGGUUAGCUAUUAUUCAUGAUGGCUCUGAUGUUAGUCAGUGGCAUUAUGUACCUUCGAAACUUAAUUGUGAAAAUUAUGCAUCUUGUGGUUUGUCUGCAAGUGACUUGAUGAACUCUGAGUGGUUGUUUGGUCCAGAAUUCCUACGGCAACCCAGCAGUGAGUGGCCCAGUUAUCCAGUAGCGUAAUCAGACUCUGUUAAUGUUUCAAAUGUGAAUGUUAUUAAAGUGGAAACAGAUGGUGAUAAAAUAGCUAUCACAGCAGAAUUUUCUAUAGAAUGGUCCCAGCAAUUGGAAUUGUGAUUAAAUUAUUCAGCAGAGCAGGAAUUGUCGUUAGAUUAUCCACCACAGCAAAAAACCAGCGGCUGCCAGGCAGAAUAUGCCCACAUUUUCGAGAGAUGGAUAGAGAACAAGCUAAAAAGAAAGUGAUUUUUCCUACAAUCAAGGGCCAUAAUUCAGGAAAUUACAAUUCGAUAUGCGCAAAUAUCGAAAGGAACCGAAAUCUUUGGGUUAUAAACUUACAUUUCAAGUUUCAACAAAAUUGGAUAAAAAUUGUGAUCUCUAUAGGGUCCACAUGUAUGGCUUCCCUUUUGUUUGGUUUAAUGGUAUGUUUACCCCUAUUAUCAGUCCUUUAUUAUUCCCUUGAUGUACCCUCACCUAGCCAAUCACAUCAUGUAUGGUUUCUCAUUUGUCAUGAUUGGUUGUCCAAUUAAAAUUAUUUACCCGUAUAAUCCGUCAUAUGUAUAUUGCCUUUGAUCAUGUUGUUUUUUAAUCCUUUGAUCUUGUUGUUGUCAUGCAUGGUUUCUGAAUUGUUGUUAUUGUUUGUCUAUAUAUAAUUGCUCUACACAUUUGUUACUGUACUUGCUUGAAAAUGUUGAGAGAAUACUCUUCGAAACGUCGCCCAAAUAAAUCAGUAAUUGUUCUUCCAUAAGUAUGUGUUACAGUUUAUUGCUCUAACCAAUUACUAAAUGCCUCUUAAAGAUCAGGGUCCAC